GUAGGCAACGUGGCGCAAUCCUCCAAUAGCACAGGCCAUUCCUCUCAUCUUCACGUCAGGCAGAACAAACAAAAAAGCACGUUAUUCUAACGCAGAGAGUCGCCGGAAAAUAUGGCAGUCUCGGCGGACGGCCGGUUUUCUCUCUCAUAUGCCGUCCAGUUACGUGGAGAAACAGGAUUGGUUGACAGGAACCAGAGGCUUCUUAAGUUUAGUAAUGGAGACUUCAUGGGUCGGAAUCUAAAUGUGAAGUUGAAGCCAACCCAACUUCAUCAGAAAGGAGAUGACUGCUCUAAUAAUAGGUCCCACAUCUGCAUGUCUCUAAUUACUGACGUGGCCAACGAAUCCAAGUUGAGGGACUUGGAUGUGGAAACAAGGGACUCAAGAACGGUUGUGGCAGUCAUACUUGGUGGAGGAGCUGGCACUCGUCUCUUCCCUCUCACUAAGCGUCGUGCCAAACCUGCUGUUUCUAUUGGAGGUUCCUACAGGCUGAUUGAUGUCCCAAUGAGUAAUUGCAUUAAUAGUGGGAUCAACAAAGUGUACAUUCUGACUCAGUUCAAUUCACAAUCACUUAACAGGCACAUUGCCCGUGCUUACAGCUCUGGCAACGGAGUCACGUUCGGGGAUGGCUUUGUGGAGGUUCUUGCAGCUACUCAAACUCCUGGAGAAGAAGGGAAGAAUUGGUUUCAGGGUACUGCAGAUGCUGUGCGUCAGUUCCAUUGGCUCUUUGAGGAUCGACGAAGUAAGGAUAUUGAAGAUGUUGUGAUUCUUUCUGGGGACCAUCUGUACAGGAUGGACUAUAUGGACUUUGUUAAAAGUCAUCGGCAGAGCGGCGCAGACAUCACUCUUUCUUGUCUUCCAAUGGAUGACAGCCGUGCCUCAGAUUUUGGAUUGAUGAAGAUAGACAACAAUGGAAGGAUACUUUCAUUCAGUGAAAAGCCAAAAGGGGAAGAUCUGAAAGCAAUGCAAGUAGAUACAACAGUGCUGGGUCUUUCACCAAAUGAGGCUCAAAAGAAACCAUACAUUGCUUCCAUGGGAGUGUAUGUCUUCAAGAAGGAGAUUCUUCUAAACCUAUUAAGAUGGCGUUUUCCAACCGCAAAUGACUUUGGAUCUGAGGUCAUUCCCGCAUCUGCCGGAGAAUUCUACAUGAAGGCUUAUCUUUUCAAUGACUAUUGGGAGGACAUAGGAACCAUCAGAUCCUUCUUUGAGGCAAAUCUAGCCCUAACUGAGCACCCACCUCGGUUUAGCUUUUACGAUGCAGCAAAACCAACGUAUACAUCAAGGAGAAACUUGCCACCAACAAAGAUUGAAAAUAGCAAGAUGGUUGAUUCAAUCGUAUCACAUGGAAGCUUCUUGACUGAUUCCUUCAUAGAGCACAGUGUGGUUGGAAUUCGAUCCAGAAUAAACUCAAACGUUCACUUGAAGGAUACUGUGAUGCUUGGAGCUGAUUUCUAUGAAACUGAUGCUGAAAUAUCAGCACUAUUAGCUGAGGGAAGAGUUCCAGUAGGGAUAGGAGAAAAUACCAAAAUCAAAGACUGCAUUAUUGACAAAAAUGCUAGAAUUGGAAGGAACGUUGUAAUAGCAAACUCAGAGGGCAUACAAGAGGCUGAUAGAUCUUCUGAAGGGUUUUACAUCAGAUCUGGUGUUACCAUUAUAUUGAAGAACUCUGUAAUUGCGGAUGGCGUAGUCAUUUAACAAUAUUAUUAUUAUUAUUAUUAUUAUUAUUAUUCCAUGGCUUCUAUUUUCCCAUGAAUUGGGAUGGGAAUGAAGUAUAACCCUGGUUUUAAUAUGUCCUCUUUUGGACCUUACAACAAGAUACUCAUUUUUGUGCAAAUCCCAUAAUCGAGAAUAUAAUAACAUGCGAGUAUCAUUGUUCUUUUAUCA